AUGUUGCGAUUAGAACACAAGAAGGACUUUGACAAAUCAACUGGCAUUUACCCAUACAAAAGUAACUGCAUAAAGUGUGUGGAGUGCUCCAAGAACAAGGGCCUGGACUGUGUGGGUGGUUUGGUGACCUGCGGAACCUGUAUGACAACACUCACAAAGGAAGACUAUGGAGGUGGAAACAUAUGGUACUCCGUGAAGAAAACAUGCAAUUUAUCCCCAGCUGUGUGUAACUAUACAUACAGUUUAUCUUCAGAGAACUUUACUACAACCUACACGUCUUCCUGCUGUGGCACCGACCUCUGCAACAAUAAGACUGUCCAGGUUACUCCUCGGAACCCCACAGAAAAUGGCAUUAAGUGUCCAUCAUGCCAGCUGGCAAGUGCAGAGGGAUGUGUGGCUAAUAGCACCGUAAGAUGCACUGGCUCUGAGACCAAAUGUCUAAUAUUUAAAGGAAAAUACACUCUGCAAGGAACCUGUCAGGAAAGCGCGUUCCAGGGCUGUGCGACCGAGAAUGUGUGUGAGCACGCUGGCUUUAUACAGGAGCACCCCGGCUCACUGAUAUGUGGGAAUAGCACAGUGCAGUGCACGGACAGCCACAGCACUUCUCCGAAGCCGUAA